AAUCUAUCGGAAAAGUUCCCAAUACCGAAACAGAAAUUGGUGCAUAUUUUGCAAGCUAGAGAUAAAUUCUUCUCCAUUAGAGAAUCCAGAGCUAUAAAAUUCUUUUUACCAUUCAUGUAUCGGCUGCCAGUUUCAUUGUACAUGGGUCAAAUCAAAAUCCUUCGCACAAGUCCUUUAAGCAUUAUGAUUGCAAUGUUCAAUUACCUAAUAGUUGUUCUUAUGUUCACUGUUUGCGUUAAAAGCCGUAUAUUCGGAGGUGGAAUGCAUGGUGGAGGCCUUGGAACUUUCGGUGGAGCUUUUGGAGGUUACGGUGGAAAAUAGGUGGCAUGAGUUCUCUCUGAU